AACUAGUGGCGUCCCGAGGCAGGUGCGGGGGUGUAGUCUGCACGGGGUGACACCGACUGCACGGGGUGACACCAGACCCGCUCCACAAAAAGGUAAGUUGUAAAGAAAGCUGACAAUCCCCGCAGGAUGGAUCGCAUCUGCGGAUUGAGGAUAAUGGGUCAGAGACCGAUCCAUUAUCCUCAAUCCGCAGAUCCGAUUCAUUCUGCGUGGAUCGUCGGAGGGGGUGUCACCAAGUGUUACCACACCGGGUGACACCAACCCUAG